AUUUGAUCGUAUUGCAGCCGACGCGCAGCGCGCUGCGUCUACACGUGCUUCCAGGCUUCUUCUUUACCAAAGCUUGCCACAGGCACCGGCUUUAGUCCGAAACAAAUGACGGAUGUCUCUUACUAGGAAUGAAGUAGAAUCGAGCGGGAUAAGAAAAGUGUCACGGGCACCAGCGCCGCUUCGUUUCGCCUCGGGCGCGCUCGGGCGCGCGUGCUCACGGGAGCUGAACGGAGUGAAGUGAACACGCGAAAACCUUUUCUUUGUUUGGAGCUGCCUGUUGACUACAUUGGCAGCCCACUCGUAAAGCUACCGAUCAGAGUUGGACUCGACACAGUGUGUGCCCAGGGGUCAUUAGCCCUCAACGCGCACUAUGCGCGCGGCCUCCGGCCCGGUCUCGUUUUGCCUGGCGGGGCUCAUCACGGCUGCCGCCGGUGCCGGCGUGCUGGACGACACGACCAUCCGUGAUGCGGUAGCAGCGUGGCUCGCGGAUGCGACGGCGGCCGAGGCGACGUACGGCCACAUCUCGUCCUGGGACACAAGCCAGGUGACGGACAUUGCGCAGCUCUUCCAGAACUCGAACUUCGACGACGACAUAAACGCGUGGGACACGAGCGCGGUGACCAAUAUGUUCGCCACGUUCGGCUCCGCAAAGCAAUUCAACCAGCCGCUCAACGACUGGGACGUAUCCGGGGUGACGAGUAUGGUGUCUAUGUUCGCCCACGCCGAGUCGUUCAACCAGCCGCUCAACAACUGGGACGUGUCGCGGGUGACGAGCCUCGAGUCAAUGUUCUACUACGCCUACGCCUUCGACCAGGACCUCGGCAGCUGGUGCCUCGCCGAAGACGCCGCGUUCAGCAGCGACUCGCACCAAGGCACUGCGUGUUCUCUUUUGAGGUGCGGCAUCCACUUUCGGGCGGGCGGGACCUGCGCGCCGACGCCCGCGCCGACGCCGAUCCAGACCAGUGCUGCCGGCGUUGCGGACGUGUAUUUGGGCAUUCUUGCCGGCGGCGCCCUGCUCCUUCUUUAAUUUAAGCGCAUAUAUCGUCCUCAUUUAUUUUUAGAAAUCGAUAGAAUGAGAGACCCCCCCU